AUGGCCUUUUUGUCUCACGAGCUUCUUGCGAUGAUUUUUGAGGAGCAUGCAGACGAUCUCUCGACACUUCACUCCUGCAUGUUAGUAAACAGAAAUUGGUGUGUGGUGGCUCUUCAAUACUUGUGGGCCAAACCUUUUACCUUGUUGCUUUCAAGUGGAAGGAGAACGAUCGAUGGACCGUCAAAGAACCUUAUGAUCACAUUUAUCAGAUGUUUUACUGACACUGAUAUUAACUCCCUCAUGGAGGCACGACUGUGCAAAAGAUAUAGUAAAAGGUUUCCGUUUGAUUAUAGUCUUUACUUAAAGGAAAUUCGGUUUAAAGAGAUUGAAAUUUUGACGAGACAAUGCACUGGAUACAAUUCGUUUCAUUUAUAUUAUAUGCGAGUUGGAAUCACUCGUUUAGCAAUGAAAUAUUGCCCAAAUCUCAACACCCUUUCUCUUAGAACGGAAAACUCGGCUUACAUUGAUCAGAGUCGAUUUCUAUUGUCUAUUAACAACCUCUCUCGUGUGCAAAAUUUAAGUUGGUAUUUAGAUUUAGAUGAUAACAUAUUCAGCGCGCUUUCUAGAGCUGCACGUAAUUUGAAAUCGAUUUCAGUCAAAUGUCGCAGGAGCUGUUACUUUAAACUGGGAUCAAGGAAUCAUGGAUUACAAAAACUCGUACGGUCUCAACGCCAACUAAAGACAUUUACUCUAAAACACGUUACUGUCAGCAUGAGAUCAGUGUUUGAAUUAUUAGAAUCGCAGUCAAAUUCUCUGGAAUCACUUGUUUUGAGUGAUAUUGACAUUGAUCCAGAUGAUUCAAACAUUGAACCAAUUAGAUUUCACCACUUGACACGUAUCUACAUAAAGAACUGUCGGAUACUAAAAACCGGAUUAAACCCAAUAUUUGAGGCUGACUUACCAGAGUUACAACAACUUAAGUUUGAAAACAAUUACUGGAAACACAAAAGUGACUGGAUUCCAUUGCAAGAUUUGUGCCUAAUACAAAACAAAAUAGUUUAUUCUGGCAAUAGUUCUGAUAUAAUUCAAAAUUUAAAAGUUCAUUUAUGA